AUGUCUAUACUUUCCAGCCUAGAAGGCGUAUCCUCAACCGUUUUUUCCAACAUCUUCAUCCACCUUCCGACACCAGAAGGCAAUCUCACAGGACAAACAAUCAUUGUAUCAGGUUCAAACCAAGGCCUCGGCCUAGAAGCGUGCCGUCACCUACUACGACUGGGAGUGAAGAAGCUUAUCAUGGCCGUACGAGAUAUAAACAAAGGCGAGACAGCAAGAAAAGAGCUUCUACAAUGUGCCUGCCGUGAAGAAUUCUCAAUCGAAGUAUGGAAGUUGGACAUGGAUCAGUAUACCUCUGUCAAAGACUUCGCCUCUCGCGCUGAGAGUCUACCGCGACUUGAUGCCGUGCUCGCCAAUGCAGGAUUGAUGACCAACACAUUCAAUGUAUCGGAGGAGAACGAAAAAACUAUCACCGUCAAUGUAGUGAGCACCUUUUUGCUCAUUGCAUUGCUGAUUCCGAAGUUGAGAGAAUCGGCUUUGAAAUUCAAUAUCUUGCCUCGUGUCACAAUUCCCAACUCUGCUUUGCACUACAUUGCUCCUCUGAAUGAGCUUCAGCCCAAGAAAGGCGGGAUCUUCGACUCGCUCAACAACAAAGAGACUGCAAAUAUGACAGCCCGUUACCCACUGUCCAAACUGUUGGUAUUGUUUGGCGUACGCGCGCUGGCAGCUCGGCUUGCACAGAAUGAGGGACCGUUGGUUGUAAUCAACACACCAAAUCCUGGUUUCUGCAAGUCUCAGCUAGCUCGAGAGACGGAUAACAUUGGUUUUCGGGUUGGAGAGAAGUUGCUUGCCCGCAGUACCGAGGAGGGCAGUCGGGCUUUGGUUCAUGGGAUCUUAGCGGACGAGAAGAGCAGUGGGCAGUAUUUAACGAACUGUCAGGUUCAUAGUCCCUCUUGUAUGGUCACCGAUAUGAAGGGGGUCAUGGUCCAGAAUGCCUUUUUCGGGGAGUUAGUUGCUAAGCUGGAGCAUAUUGUGCCGGGCGUCACAGCAGGGCUUUGA